AUGUCUCCUGCCCUUGCCUUUGCAGUACAUGAUGUUAGCCUCAAGUGGACGCCGCUCCUCCUGUCUUGGACAACUGGAGCCCUCGUCUUCAAUACGACAAGGUCAAGGGGUUCGUUCGUCUAUCUCCCCACGUACCCAAACUGCAAUAUCUUCGCUACCACAACCUGUCUGGCUAUUGCUCCGAGAGUAGAUCGCUUCUCCCCGCAUCUACCGACACGUAAUCUUGGCUACCGACGCAAACAUGACCUGACAAUCUCGACGCGGACAUUUCUCAAGUUUGAUGUGCAAAGCUUAACCUUGUUACUCUCCCCUUUCGUUUCAAUCCUCGCCGAGGGAUGGGUCGCUAUAGCUCACCCGCAGCCGCCCGUCCACACCUGCCACCCCAUCAUCAUCACCACCAUCGCGGGCCUCGAGCCGAGCACGCGCUACACCACCACACAGAUUCCCACGAUGCCGCCCACGCUUGUGGAGAUUUGGCUUGCAACAACAGGCAGCCCUAGCCCCGAUGUCGCAGCACUCUCGACAGAUGACGCAAAGCUUGUCGAGGUGCACCGUUCACAGCUCAGCCAGAAGGUUGAGCACAAGGCUCAGUCUGGUAAAUCGCAUCGGUCCAGAGUGGUCUGGCAACCUCAAGAGCUCGUCAAAGUGAAUCAGGACACUAGACCCGUUACGUUGACCGACCAACGCCUGGGACACGGUCGUAGGGAGGGCUCGAUCUCGAGCUACAGCUCGCUGUUGACGGUUGCUGAUCCUCGUGGAACACCAGGAUAUGAUAGUUGUUCAGAGCAGCCGGCAGCUAGGGAAAGGGCUGCUGAAGUACGGCAGCCGGGUUCAAGCAGACGAGUCGAUGAGAGUGACAAAGAUGACUAUUUUGCGAGAAGGGCAUUCCCAGAGCCCACCAGUUUUGAGAAAAGAGCAAGAAACAAGACCAAAGAAGACAAAUAUGACACUAGAAAGGAGGAGCGAAGAAAGGCGAGCUUGAAAGAAGGUACAAGUCGUCACAGGUCGAAGAGGCAGAAGAAAGAUGGCAAAAGACAGGGACAGUUGUCGAGUAAGAAUGUGAUGAAGAAUUUCAACUCAAAUGCGGUGUUGCAAGACCGAGUUACGAUACAUCAACCAUCGACCAAAGGUGCAGGGUACAAGCACACGUGGUAUGGCCACAAUGGUUCUCAUGGCCCGCCUGGUAGUACUGGGCAAACGCUUAGCGACUUGGUCUUUACAAACCUGAAUUUUCUCACAGACCAAAAAAACAUCGCACCAAAACCAUUAUCAUCGCGACGCUUGCGCGAAUUGGAAAGACAGAACAAGGAGAUCGAAGAACUCUCGUCUUUUUUCAUCCCAACCGACGCAAACCCUUCUCAUUCGAGAAUCGAAAUGGCACCAUCACGACCAUUUGAUGCCCCCAUCCGCGGUCGAACCCGUCUCAACCACCGGGCUCCCAUCAAAAGAGCACAUGAUGAUUUGGAAUCCACUCACCAAGCAGAUUCGUCGAUAAUGGCCCAUAUUCCCAGUGAAUCGAGUGAGCAUGUCAACAAUGUGAAUGCGGAGAACGGCUCAAUGGGUACGCAUACACACUACAUAUCAUCACCCAGUUCAGGUCGAGUGCCUCCCAGUGCACCAAACCAACCAGUCCAAACCGUAACCGCAUCGCCAGUACAUGAGCGCCAGCGACGGAUCCUCCACGGCACGGGGAUCGUCAUACCUCUAGACGAGGAAGUCGACUAUGGUGUGCAACAGCAACAAAAUGUGAGCGAUGAUGAGUCCAUUAUUGAGGAAGCUCAGCUGAGGGCACGCUUUGAAGCAAUCUUUCCACCCCACUGGCGCAAAGAUUACAACGAUAAUAAUGCCAAACUACAAAGCUUGGACGAUUCGGCUGACUUAUCAUACAAGAUGCACCAACAACAGUCUCUGGCCCAUACUCGGCCGAGCGAAAGCCCCAGGACCUAUAAUUCACGCGCUGAUUCUCAGGGACCACACCAUCUACAUACAUUGGACAGAGCAUCAACCUCGUGGAUGCAACCACCCAGCCUUGGCCGUGCUCCAAUUCGCCAGCAUGCCAUUAAUACCGAUAGCAUCGCGAUGAAGAGGUCACAAAUGAGGUCACAGAUGACCUCGCCAUUCUACGCCGAACAAGCAUAUAACAUCCCUAGCAUGCCUCCGCCAAUCCCGCGAAAUAUAUCAUGGCGACAUGAAACAACAAGGUUACGUGCACCAAUACCAAAUCCGCAUGUAGGACAUUUGACGCAUCAAAAUUUAAAUUCGUCCCCACCCAAACGCGCAUCAACAGAUAGACCCAAAGAAGCAAAUGGGACCAAUACAGACUACGCCCCGGCAGCUGUUAAUGCACAACUCGCCUCGACUCUGAGUAAUGUGCCAUACGAUCCAGACGUUGGACUGUGGCUCGACGGUAGAGACAGAAUUGCGCCAAAUCAGAUUCAGGGAACCUCCACUAUCUCUCGACAGUCUGCAGCGGCAUCCUCCACAUUACCACACGCGUUGGUUGCAUCAGAGUCUGCCACUCGCGAAAACCCUCGAAAUAACGCGGUCACCGCAACAGCUACAGAACGCGGUACAGCGCCAUUGCCACCGGAGCAGCCUGAGCAGCCCGAAAACAGAGAGUCGCUGAAAAAAUAUAUCAGUGAGAUGCAAAGCGAAAUCAAUGGUUCGAUGGGGGAGCAGAGCCGGAUUGUCGGAGUUGACCCCAGUGUUCAACCAACAAGAGAAGUCGACCAGACCGAGGCUGGUCAACAACUCGCAGGAUCACGUAACCAGAUGUCUGGUCUCUCAGGUGGUACGAACAUGGAAAGGCCGCAUGUCACUUCCACGGGCAACAUGCCUCGGGCAGAGUCGAGCCAGGAAUCUGUGUUUGACUGGGAUCUUUACGAUCAAGAUAAUAAAGUCGAACAUACGGACGGACUAUAG